AGACGCAGCCUUCGUUGCAUCUGUCAAUCAACCCUCACAGAACUAACGUUAACUGAAGAAAAAACAUCGCUGUAUAUUGAUUUAGCGCGUAUCUGAGGAAAUUCACAUUAUCUCCGGGUGUUUUGGCAGAAGUAAAGUGUGACCAAAGGUUAUCAGAUUAGAUUUUAAAUUAGAUAUCGAUUGUGUUCGGGUUUGUGAACUGAACAACUCUGAGGUAAAAUGUUUUAUUAUCCAAACGUGCUUCAGCGUCACACUGGCUGCUUCUCUACUAUCUGGCUGGCAGCCACUAAAGGCAUCAGGAUUUCCAGAAGAGAGUACCUCAAGGUCAACGUCAUGCGCACUUGUGAGGACAUUGUGGAUUAUGUGAUGGUCCAGGUUCCCCCAGUCCAUCCCAGUCUUCCCCGGCCCCGUUUCUCUCUUUACCUGUCCUCUCAGCUUCAGUAUGGCGUAGUCAUCGUCUACCAUCGCCAGUGUGCUCUUCUGCUGGAGGAGGUUCAGCAAACCAUCGAGCGCUUUCUUCGCUCAAAGAGACACUUGAACAUUGACAUGCCAGACACUGAUAGGUUGGUGCUGAAUGUCCCUGACUCUCUGUUCCAGCUGGAGGAGGCGGAAUGGGCACUGGAACCAUUUUUUGGAGUGAUGGGGGUUGAUUGUGAGCUGCCUACUAGUCUUUACUCGCCAUCUCAGCAAUUUAUGGAGGCCUCACCUUCUCUGAUGAUCAGAAAGGAAAUUACAUUACCUAAAGACCUCAUUGCUUCUCCUGAAUCAAUCACCAUCAAAGAUGCAGAGCUGGUGCCUGUGCUCGCAGCGGAGUUUGGUGGGGCAGAGUUACCUGAAGCCACGGCUCAUGAGAUUGACAUGCUCAUGGAACAGCAAGAUCAGUUCCAUCUUGGUGAUGAGGAAGAUAAGGAGAGAGAGAGGGCGACAGAAGGGGAGAAAUCAGGAUAUAUGGAUCCUGCUAUGGUCUCUAUAGAACAACUGAAGAACAGUGAGUGUAUCGUGGAUGAGGGGAAUGGGCGUCUUACAGAGGUCACCUUAGAUCGGGUCGCUAUGGAGAUGACCCCGCCGCCCAUCACCUUGCCAACAACCACAGAGGCCAGUGAGAAAGACGUCAAGAUGGAGUGCUCCAGUGAGACACUCUUAGUGGAGCAAUCUGUGCCUCCAAAGAGGCGAGGUCGCAAACGGCAACUGAUCUUCGCCGACCAAAACACACAGAUUUCCCAGGAUGCAAUGCGACAACAAAUCAACAACCCACUGAUUGAAACCCAAUCUCUGUCUGACAUACUCCUAAGUAUUCCUGCCUCUCGGAAGACAUCAGCAGCAGUUCUGCUCAGCACACCGUGUAACAUGCUCAUCCACCCUGACCUCCAGGAGCUAUGGAAAUGCUGCAGAGUUUCUUCCACCCUCCCGCGUCCCUCCAGGAAACGGCAGGUGCAGGAGGAGGGUGAGCCUUUGGAGAUGGAGAAAGAAAGAGGAACAGAGAGGAGUCGGGAGUCUAGCAGAGAGGUGGUCAGGGAGUCUGGCGAGGCUGCUCUGCUUCUAUCUGAGCUCUCAGUUGGUUCAGAUGUGCCGCUGGAUCUGUCUAAAGGAGACAAGUCUCAGAGUGACAUCAUCACUCCCACCCGCAGAUGGUCUCCUACAGAAGAGGCUCCUGUUUCUAUGGAGGUGAUAUUAGAGGAGCAUGUUGAACUGCCACAGGGAGAGACGGAGCCUGAGAUGAGUGACAUCACCACCGCUGACUUGCUCAGACUGACCAUUGGCUUCAUCAAGCGCUUUGGAAAGGUCUCCUUUCAUUCACUGCUGCCUCCAGAGGCCGAGCGCAGCACUACAGCUCAUCUGUUCUACAAAAUACUGGAGCUGCUUUGUAGUCUGAAGUUAAGUGUAUGUCAGACUGAACCGUUUGGAGACAUCACAAUCACCAUGAACCGCUGAACACACACACACCCAAGUGCAAACAGCAAGUUGAAGCUGUUAAAUUGUUUUACACUUUUGUUGAGCACAGACAAUUUUAUACUGAAAUAUAUUAAGCCAGUUUAGAGGCUAGUUUAAAUGCUAAGAUUGUUGUCUUGUAUUCAUAAAGAGAAAUGUAGAAAUACUCUACAUAAUAUUUGAUGAUUAUGAAUAAUUGGUUACUAUUAUUUUAAUGUAAAUUAUCUCACAUAGCAGUUGCAUGGUCAGGAAUAGUGUUCUUUUUAAAUGAAGUUUUUAUUGUAAAAUUUUUUAUGAAUUUUUAUGAUUUUUUUUAUGAAGUUGAUGUUUUUUAUGUAUUUUUAUGAAGUUUAAUGUUUCAUGUUUUAAUAUAUAACUUUAAUCUUUUUAAUCACUCAAGAUAUUGUUAGCAAUGGGCCUUGUGAAGUUUUUAGCUGUUCCCAAGUUAUGGAAGAAAUUUGUUGAAUGAUAUAUAUAGAAUUUGUCUCAAUGCUAAUUUCAAUGUAAUAAAUGCAUUAAAAAGUUA